AUGACAUUCAGUGAAGCGAUGGAUGAAAUUGAUUUUGAUCAAAAUGGUGAGUUAUUAUUGUUUUUUAAAUUAAAAUAAGAAGGAUGUCUAGACAAUUCUUAGAAUAUUUUUUAUGAAUUUGCAUUUUGUUAUAUCCAGUUUGAAAAAAAGAAAAAUGACGUUUUUGAGAUGAUGUUUUUAAUUAAUUUCAAAGUGGGAUUUUUUGGAGAAAUAGAUUUCUGCGCUAAAAAUUUUUUUUUCAACAAAACUUUGGAAUUUUCAUAAUUUUCUCCAGCUAUUUUAUAUUCGAGGUAAUUUAUCUGAUAAUCUUUGAAACUGCAAUUGAAAACAAAAGUGAAUAUAAUUCGAAUGUUUUUCAUUUUUUUGUGAUAAUCGUAUUUUUGAGCCGAUAAUUAAUCAGGAUAUAAAUUUGUUGCACUUUUAAAUUUUUUCUCCGAAAAUGAGAAUUUCUCAUGUCUGUUUCUCAAUUCAGAUUCUGAUGAAUAUUUUUAGAAAAAAAUUUCGAACCGAUCAUAAAUCAGUCUAGAGACUUCUAUGCACUUUUGUUUUUUUUUUUGAAUGAUUUUGAUUUUCUAUUUAUAUAACUAGAAAAAUAUGACAAAAAGGAUUCGGUGAGAAUAAUUAAACAAAUAAAAAAGAGUUCGAAAGUUCAUCGCAGAUUUGUUCAACAAUUGUUUCUGUUAUUUCGUGCCAUUUCGUAAAAUUCGUUCGUCUCGUGAUGAAAAUUUCACAAAUGAAUUGAUUCAAUCGUUUUCUUUCAUGCGAAAAAGAUUUUAUCGAAGAUUUUCGGAACUCACCUCAAAUCAAUUUGAACAAGUUUUUCUCUUGCUAAACUUGUUCAAUACCCAAAAAUUCCUCCCUUUCUAAUAUUUUUUGCAAACAUCAUUCUACAUACAUCAGUAUCUCAGUUUUACAAAAAAAAACUUAUUUUUUAAAUAAAUCACGAAAACACUAGUGCAUUUGCUAUUCACUAAUCCAAAGAUCGUCCUCCUCCGUCCCUUAUUUAUUUAUAUCCUUUUUCGUAGUUUUAAUAUUUGCGGAAGCAUGUACAACUAAGACAUAUUAUGUGUUAGGCUCACAUCAGAUUUUUUUGGAAAUCAGAAAUCUUGAUGAAGAGAAACUAAGCUGGACAUAUUUUGGAACAAGAAUACAAUCAUAACAUCAGAAAAAAAAUCCAACACACAUACAAAAUAAAAACCCAGAAACCUACACUCGAAAAUCCCUCUACAUAAUUUUUUUUUCCAGAAGCAUGUACAAGCCAAACCAAAGAAGAAUCGGGACCAUGUUGCUUGGUGUGUGGUCGAGUUGCAAACACUGGUCAUCAUUACGGUGUAACUGCUUGUCUUGGGUGUAAAACGUUUUUCCGACGAGUGGUUUUGCAACCGAAUCCUCCGAAAUGUAAAAAUAAAAAUGAAUGUGCGAUGGAGAAAAAUGUGAAUGCGAAAAGAUUAUGUAGAAGUUGUCGAUAUAUGAAAUGCAAGCAAGUUGGAAUGACUGAAGAGGGUUGGUUUUUAUUAUUUAUUAUUAGGAUUUCUAUAAAAAUAUCAAAUACGGGAAUUUUAAGAAAUCUUAUUUUCCAGCUCUUCAUCCUUGUCGUGAUGUAAUUGGUCGACGACACCCGCGUCACUCUGUAGAUUCAUCACCAAUCUCCAGUCCUCCAUCACUUCCACCUCAGUUAUCUGUAAGUUUUUUUUAAAAACAAGAGCUAGCAACAUGUGACCCUUUCAAUUUUUUGCCAUACCACCUAAAAAAUAAAAAUUGAUGAGAUGAUUUUGGAGAAAAAUUGGCAGGGUGAAAACCACCUGUUUUUCAAAAAUACUUAAAAAGCAACCCAAAAUUUACUCUAAAAUUUUGAUGGCACUGUAGAUUUAGUUAAAAUUUUGAAAAAAUAACUAUUGGCGCCGUUCAUAUGUUAACCCCUGGGCGUGGUUGGAUUUAUGCUCACAAAUUGGUUACUGACACUUUUUUUCAAUUUCUAGUACCAUAACAUUUAUCUUGGGGGAGUCUAAUUUUUGAGAAAAAUUGAAACGGUAGCAUGUUGUAUUACUCAUUUUAAUUAUUUUUCCCCGGUGAAACUGGGUCAAUGGAAUCUGCUUGCAGAUAAAUUCGCGCAUCGCGCUGUUUUGCGAACACGACUACGAUGUUUUGCAGAAUAUUUGCGAAAUGGACACAUCGAUUCGCACUCGCACCGCACACAUUCUAGGCAAACCCGAAACAUCGAAUGAUAAUGAAAUACAUUUUUAUAGCCCGGUGAGUGUUUUUUUUUGUUUUUGAAAAAUCUGGCUCCUAAUAUAAAUGUGCACAGAAGUUCCGCUAGAAAAUUUGGGUUAAAUUUUGAUAAAUAAAAAAGGUGGAAAUAAUAUCCCCCGAAUUGGGACGCCGAUUUGUUCAACCCGAAGUUCCUGAUAAAUUUUAAAAUCAAAAAAGUUCAGACUUGCGAUUACACGAAUGUUUCUGUAAAUUCUGGAAUUGGGCCAUCGCUGAAAGUUGAUAUCAUUUUGCUGAAAGAAUGGGUUGAAGGUGUGCCUUGCUAUUUGGAACUAUCCGAGAGAUAUCGAAAUUUUCUGAUGCGACGAUUCUGUUUGCGAUAUACAGUCAUUGAACACGGGCUGUUUACUGCACAAAUGCCACCUCAUAAACAUAUUUGGUGAGUUUGAUUUUUUUUUAAUCGGAAAAAAUUGACUCUUUGACCAGAAAUUAUAAAUGGAAUCUAGCAGCUGCUCGAGUUAUAUUUUGUGUAAAAGUUGUGACGUGGUCAAGUCUGGUUAUUAGAAAUUCAAAAAACCUGAUAAACGUUUUUCUAGUUGUGAAAAUUUGGCAGCUGCAAAAUUUCAAAACUAGAUUUUUGGUUAGAAUUUGUCAUUAGAAAUAUUGGAAGAAUUAAGCCAUAUCUCAUCUGAAAUUCGAAAUUCCAAAAAUCAAUUUCAGGUUCCUCUCUGAUCGAACAUUCCUUGUUAGUGAUCUUGUAAAUAUUCCCGACGAAAUUCGAAAACUACUCACACCAAACCUUAUAAUGGAACAAAAAUUGCUGGCCCCAUUUGUUGCAAUGUUGAUUCAAGAAGUCGCCGAUCCUCUGAGACAUCUGAAACCGAGUUCUUUAGAAGUGGCGGCUGUUAAAACUCUCAUGUUGAUGAGUAAGUUGGCCUUAAUCUAAUUUGAAUUGUUUAUUGAUUUUUUUGCAGAACCUACGUGUCUUUUCGAGGUGAAUGGCGAUGACGUGGCAACGAAAGAGGAUGGUGAAUUGGUGCAAAAGGUGCGAAAUAAAAUUAUUAGUGGUCUUCAUGCACAUUAUAUUAAACAAGGAAUGAAUAACGAGGAAUUGGCCGUGAGACUUGGAGAGGUAAUUUUAUCAGCUAUUCAAAAACUCAUUCAAAAUUUUCCAGUUGCUCAUGUUAACCGGCGGUGUGGAAAUCUGUGCCGAUCGCGCGCUUGAAGAAAUGCAUCUUCUCCGAAUUUUCAACCUCUCGUCAUUUGAUCAAUACAGUUCUAAUGUGAUCUUUGGAUUCAGCAGGGAAUUCUAA